AUGAUCCGUUGGAAAUCUGUGAAAAACAGCCUGCUCUUCGGCGGAAUCUGUCUCUGUCUGCUUUUACUCAACAAGAGCCUGAUCGAAGAGUACGAAGAAAAAGAUAGCCAUCAAUUUAAGAGCGAAAACUUGAAGACCAUUGCAAACGAUGAUUUGCCUGUACUUCAAAGCGCUUGCGAUCCCGCUAUUGUUGAUGAGUUGGAACGGUUGAGGAAGUCGAACAAGAAGGCAAGAUGUAUCGCGAACAAUGGCAAGGAGAUGGCUUGUAUGCGUGAUGAGCACGAAUUCUAUUUCCCUUUCUCAUUUAUCAAGAAACAGUACGAUGUAUCUGGUAGAUUGUCUAAAGACGGGUCUCGUUUCGAGUUGUUCACGUCAUACUCGAGAAUACGAGUUCCGGAAGGGGAAUCGUACGAUCCAACGGGACCAUUUGGACACUUUGCCACGCGUGCCAAUGUCUACACAGUGGGACCCCACCCCGUAUUACUAUCCAAUCCAGAUUGCCCAGUAUGGACUCCAGCAUUACAGCAGAAUGAUGGCGAAAUUGUGCUGAAAGGAUUGGAGAGUGCUGAAUGGAAAGGUUCGGCGGGUUUUGAUGAAUCCAGUGAACGAAUAUUCUAUCAUGAUGAGGAGAAAGGCGAUGUGGUCAAUAUAACUGCUAGCGGCGACCUGCGAAAUGCUGGUUGCUACGUGUUUUUGGAUCCAACACCACGCCUUCAUGUGGUGUCCUUUGAUUGGCUGCCUAUCGAAAAUGCUUCCUUCACCAUUUUGGUGAAAGUCAUCGAGUCAGAUUUGCUCGUCCUGCUCAACUACGUUACACAGCAUGAUCCUCGAUGUGUGUGGAAUGAU